CAGAUGAAGAGUUCUUUGUAUUAAAAAAGCACAGAAAGAGAGAAAAUAGUCUCUAGAGAGAGAUUCAUGUGAGAGAGACACUAGAGUUUUGUCAUCUCUCUCCUCCCAUUGUCCACCGAGGAGCCUCCUCCGUGAGAGAAAAGGGACUCCAAUUUCCUUAGGGUUUUCCUUUUCUUUUUACUUAUUUAUUGAAAAAACAGUAGAAAAGAGUGAAGUAAAGCGAGAAACAAAUUUGUCGAACAAAUGAAGGGGAUUGUUACGUGGUAUCUUACUAAUCGGGAGUAGAUCUCUGGUUCCUUCAGAUUUUGAACAAUAAAUCAGGGAAAAGGUGCUGGUGAAGCUGUAAAAGAGUUGGUGUUAUUGGAAUUCAUGGAACCUUUAUGUUAUGGCCAAGACUCGGACACCAGGAAUGAACCAUUAUGAUUCUGGAGGCUUAACUCUGUUGGUUUAGAUUCGUGUGAUUAAUCACAGAGCAAGACGUUCAAAAUGGGUUCCUCCCGUGCUAAUUGUGAAAUAAUUGAGGCGAAGAAGGAGUUUAGUACAACUCAGAAGCCACAAACACUUCCUGUCCUGAAAAAAGGCUACAAUAGAUGCUUUGAGGAUGAUAUCAAUAAGCUGUUCGAAGCUGUCAAUGUGAGAACAUCCAAGAGUUUAGAUCUAUCAGACUCGUGGAGGAAUGCUUCAAAGAGACCAAUGAGGUCUCCUGGUUCUAAUUCUCCAGGAACUGGAUUUUCAGAACCAGUUUCUCUGAAGCAGGCACUCAGGGGUCUUUGCAUUUCUCAGGCAGCAGAGAUGGCUGCAAUAAAACGACUGUCAAUGACAUCUGCUUCUCCUAGGAUUUCGGAAGCUGGAAAAAACACAAGCUCGUACAGGUCUGCUGGUGGAUCUGGCUGCUCUCCAGCUCAAAUUCGAGAAAGCAGGAAGGAAAUAUAUCCCAUGACCGAAGAAAGUACCUCAUAUUCUUCUGGGACUGGGAGUUUGACUCGGCGGCAUCGUUCCUUCAAGAACUCGCCUGUUCAAAGCUCCUGUUCCUCUCCUAGUUAUAGCACCAAACCAGAUAUGAAGAGUAUCGUCAGCAUAUCUAGUGAACCAGGUCAUCAUGUAGCUGAUUGUGAUGGAUAUGGUGUUGAAAAAUCUAUCGUAGAUGGAGAAAACAUCACAUGUAGUGCCAGUAAGCCACCUCAGAAUCUUGAAGAGUCUAAGACUGUUUCCCCAAAUCAGAGUGCCCAUUCUUCUUCCCAAAUUCCUGCUACCUCAGAACUUGAGGAUACAGAGUCCUCUCCUGUUUGUAACGAUAUAGCACAAACUUCAGAAGUUGAUAAACAGGUGAAAGAAAUUACCCGUUCACUUGAAGAAAAACAUAAUUUAUUGUCUGCUUCGCCUCAUCAUAAUUCUCAUGAUGGCCAAAACAAGGUAGCAAGCGGUCCAAUCAAGGAUUCUGCCACUUCCUUGGAAGUAGUAAAGAGGGCAGGACCUAGACUGAGACGAAAAUCGAAGUUACAGACUGUCCCUUUGUCAGGUGCAGUGAGAAGCAAUAAAGACGUGAGAUCGGCUAAAAUCACCUCUCGUACUGUCAGAACAGUUGUGAGGAACAAGAAUCUCAUUAUUCUGAAAUCAAAGAAGAUAGUUGCAUCAGCUGAUGGUAAUUCAAAAUCAUCUUCUGAAGUAAAUGGUAGUUUGGACCAUGGUUCUGGACAAUUAAUCUGCCAGAAAUGUCAAUGUGCUUUAAAGGAUACAAAUGCAGAUUUCAGUGGCAAUCCUCCGGCAGCUACUAGUUCUGAUGCUCUUACAGGUGGUGGGAAUCACGUGCCAAGCAAAUCAGAUUCAAUUCCUUCUGGCUGGGAGAAUAAGGUUACUCAGGUUAAUAAGACAAACAUGAACAUGAAAUUGAAUGAGAAAGGGGACGUCUCCCAAAGCUCGAGCAGCAUAUGUGAUUUCAGUAGUAGCACCACUAGCCUCAGUGAAGAUAGUAGUCUAAGUGGGUCGAUUUACGGAAACAGACCACACAUGUCGAAGGACAUGAGAUGGGGAGCAAUUAACCAUGUGAGAAAACAAUUCGGUUUCCUAGGGCUGAGUCACUUCAAUUUGCUGAAAAAACUUGGAUCUGGGGAUAUAGGCACUGUUUAUCUUGCUGAGUUGAUAGGAACAAACUGCCCGUUUGCGAUAAAAGUUAUGGAUAACGAGUUCUUGGCAAGAAGGAAGAAGAUGCCCAGGGCUCAGACAGAAAGAGAAAUUCUGAGAAUGCUGGAUCAUCCGUUUCUUCCUACACUUUAUACGCAGUUCACUUCAGACAAUUUAUCGUGCUUGGUCAUGGAAUUCUCUCCCGGGGGAGAUUUACAUGUUCUCCGACAGAAGCAGCCUGGCAGAUAUUUCCCAGAGCAGGAGGCAAGAUUCUAUGUUGCUGAAGUCCUUCUUGCUCUAGAAUAUUUACACAUGCUUGGUAUCGUGUACCGAGAUCUUAAGCCGGAAAAUAUUCUUGUCCGUGAAGAUGGUCACAUCAUGCUGACAGAUUUUGACCUAUCACUCAGAUGUUCUGUCAACCCAAUGCUCGUUAAAUCGUCAACACUGGGAAUGGAGCCACCUCGUGUUUCUGGUCCUUGUGCAGGAUCGAGCUGCAUCGAUCCCUUCUGUAACGGUCCUUCAUGUCAAGUCUCGUGCUUUAGCCCUAGGCUCUUCCCGGCCAAUGCUAGAGCGAGGAAGCUAAAAGCUGAUGCUGCAGCUCAUGCUAGGUCGUUACCUCAGCUUGUGGUCGAGCCAACAGAGGCACGGUCCAACUCCUUUGUUGGCACACAUGAGUAUUUGGCUCCGGAGAUCAUCAAAGGGGAGAGCCAUGGUAGUGCUGUUGAUUGGUGGACAUUUGGUGUUCUUCUGUACGAGCUUCUUUACGGGAAGACUCCGUUUAAAGGUGGUGGAAACGAGGAGACGCUGGCCAACGUGGUUUUACAGCCGCUGAGAUUUCCUGAUUUCCCUAUCAUUAGUUUCCAGGCCAGGGAUCUGAUCCGUAGCCUUUUGGUGAAGGACGCAGAGCAUAGGUUGGGUACAGAAACAGGAGCUGCUGAGAUCAAGAGGCACCCGUUCUUCGAGGGCUUGAACUGGGCGCUGAUUCGCUGCGCCAUCCCGCCCCAAGUUCCGGAGUUCCACGAUGUUGGGAAUCCGCCUUGUUGUGACAAAGGGACGAGGUUUAUCAACUGCAGUGCUGAUGAAGAACAUCUGGAAUUCGAGUUGUUCUAGUAAGAAGAUGCUGGUGUCAUGAUGUUGAGGAUGGGUAUAUAUUAUUGUAAGUUGAUAGCAGUGGAUAUAAUGUGAUGCUACAAUCCACUUUUUCACUCGUCUCUUUUCACUGCCGUCUCCUCUCGUUACGCAUACUUGAGUAUCUUCUCUUCUGUGAUGUUCAAUAUCUCUAUUUAACGUUGUAAAAUUGUUCAUUUCUCUACCGAGGAAACUCCUUUUUUGUUUAUUGGAUAAAGGAAUUGUGACUUCA